CUUACAUUUCAGUUGUUAUACAGUUUUUAAACGAAACUCUAUGUCUCAAAACCAGCUGAUUGUCAAGAUUAAAAAUUCAGUUCUUAUGUCAUGUCAAAUACGAAAAAAAACUAUUAAACACUAAGGUUUAUUUUGUGUUAAAACAAAAGUAUUUUCUUUGAAUUAAUGACAUAAUUGACCGACAAUAGUCAUGACUAUCGCAGAAUACAUAGCAUCUCUUUCUCAAAACCCAUAUUUCGGAGCGGGUUUUGGAUUAUUUGGGAUCGGUGCCGGUGCAGCAAUAUUACGACGAGGAGUACAGACUUCUAUGAUACUAUUUCGAAGACAUUGCAUGAUCACACUUGAAGUUCCGUGCAGAGAUAAGUCCUAUCAGUGGUUAUUACAAUGGAUAACGCACAAAGGUGCUAGACAAACUCAGCAUCUAAGCGUAGAAACAUCUUUCCUGCAAAAGGACACUGGCCAAAUAAAGACUAAAUAUGAUUUCAUACCUAGUGUCGGUCAACAUUUUUUCAGAUAUGGUGGCACAUGGAUAAAAGUGGACCGCACAAGAGAACAACAUACAUUAGACCUUCAUAUGGGUGUACCUUGGGAAACUGUAACUCUAACAGCAUUUGGAAGAAAUAAAGAAUUGUAUUAUAACAUUUUAGAAGAAGCUAGGACAAUGGCCCUGAAACAACAUGAAGGUAUGACUAUAAUGUACACAGCCAUGGGAUCUGAGUGGCGACCUUUUGGACAUCCUAGAAGACGGCGACCUCUGCACAGUGUUGUGCUCCGUGCUGGUUUGUCAGACAAAAUCUUGUCUGAUUGUUGGGACUUCAUUAACAAUCCCAACUGGUACACUGAAAGAGGAAUUCCUUAUAGAAGAGGUUACUUGCUGUAUGGGCCACCUGGAUGUGGGAAGUCUUCAUACAUCAUGGCACUAGCUGGUGAAUUGGAAUACAACAUCUGUGUUUUAAAUCUAUCUGAAAGAGGAUUAACUGAUGAUAGACUGAAUCACUUACUUAGUGUUGCACCACAGCAGUCAAUUAUAUUGUUGGAAGACGUUGAUGCUGCCUUUGUUUCCCGAGAAGACACACCUGCACAAAAGUCUGCGUAUGAAGGUUUAAAUCGCGUAACUUUUAGCGGACUUCUCAAUUGCCUCGAUGGUGUUGCGUCAACUGAAGCCAGGAUAGUUUUUAUGACAACAAAUUAUUUAGAAAGAUUAGAUCCUGCUUUAAUUCGACCAGGCAGAGUCGACAUGAAAGAAUAUGUAGGAUAUUGUGAUCAAGCUCAAAUUGAGCUUAUGUUUUUGAGAUUUUAUAAAGGAGACAAAGCACCGGAACAUGCUAAAACAUUUGCAAAAAAGGUUUUGGAGCAAAACAAGGUGGUUAGUCCAGCACAAAUUCAAGGAUAUUUUAUGUUCCACAAGCAUUCGGAGCCAGAAGAAGUCUUGUUAGAUGUUGAAUCCAUAUGGAAACUUUGAUGAAGUCAUUCUCUUGGAAUAAUAGAAUUAGAAGAAAAUGUAAAUUAAUUUUAUAAUGUUUUUAUUGUUAAUAAUAUAAUACAAAUACAACUAAUCAUGAUUCUUCAUUGAAGAAUGCAUAAUAUACCUAAUAACAAUGUAGAUAGAUACUUUAAUAUACCCUCUUAUUAGUACUACAACUAGAAGUGUAGUCUGACUGAUACCUUAUACAUUACCUGGCCUGGUACUCGGUGAAGCGGGGGUCGGGGAAGACUAUAAACUCACGCAGAUAUUCAAACGGGAUUGACCGAGCGCAACAACCGAAUUCCUCCCGUCGCGUGCUUUGCAGGUACCAAGCCUAAGCAGAUUCAGUCAGACCAUUACUGUACAUGCAAUAUCAUACAGUAGGUAUGUUGUAUAUACAAUAAUCAUAGUGUUCGACAAAAGUUACUUUGAACAAGGAUUAGAUACAAAAUAUACAGGUUCUUCACAAACAGCUGGCUUUAGAAAAAAAAAUAUUUUCUUUUUUUACAAUUACAUUUUAUUUCGCCAGUGGUUGAUGUGGAUGAGACAAACAGGUAGCCAAAAUAAAUAAGAAGAUCUGAUAAAACAGCUCUUAUAUUACACAAGAAAUAUGUAGGUAAAUAAUAAAUAAUAUGCAUUCCUAAAUUUUUUGGGAAACUGGAAAUUUGUUCUAAUUCCAGUAUUCCUACCUGGAGUUAUCGAAGUUUCCUUGUUAAGUAAAGAAUAAUAAACAUAAUAUCACAUCAUGGUGUAUUAAAAAAUAGCAAAAUAAAAAAAAACUAUAUUUUUUUUCAAACUUAAAUCUUGUUAGUAUUGGUGAGUGUUUUUGCAACGCUGGUGGUGGUGAUCCUUCCGGAUAGGCGAAACAAGAGAAACUAAAUCGUGUCUCGUUUAGACGAAAUAAAUAAUAAUCGAUCUCAAUCGGAAAUCGUGCAUUAGGAUCAGGGCAGGACAUUGAUCCAGAGAUUUUUGAUUGAGGUCUGUUAAUGAUCAAUUUCGUCAGUUAUCUACCUAUAGCCAAAAUAAUGGUUCAAUUCAAGCUUUGCGAUAAUUGAUUGAUUUCAGUAAGCAAUAGAAAUGAUUUGUAUAGUCAUAGACUUCUUGACCAUGUUUCCGAGCACUCUCUAUUGUUUUAACAGAAACUUCACCACAAUACACUUGAAGGAUUUCCCAUUGCCAGUUAGCAGACAUUUGAAACAUAUCAAUACCUAGUUGACUGCUAUCUCUAAUUUGUAAAGAAAAUGUAUUCUUAAAACAGUGUAACGAUAAGCAAAGCAGUAUAGGGGUAGUCUUGUUUUGCUUAAAUAAUGCUUUAAAUUUAAUGAGGCAAAUAAAAUCUUUUGUUAUUGCUUCAUCUGUACUUAAUAAUACUAUGUUAUGAAUUUGCAAGAGACUUUUCAGAUAUGACAUAGGCGAUUUUGUUUUGGUGUUUGGAAGAUCAGCCGUGUCCAGUAUUACGUAAUCUUGACUGUCAUCCUUAUCAUUACUGGAACCUGAAUUUGAAUGUUCUGUAUUAUCUAAAUUUAGGGCCGGCAUUUGGUUAAUCGGCACGGUCGGACGGUCAACUUGCGGCUGUACCAAGACAUUCGAAAACACCUCGUCUGGCUUGUGUUGCCAAACUUUAUCCAUGUGAUUCGUCAACAUUAUACCAUUAUUUGUAGCAGAUAUGAUUUGCUCUUGCCUAAGACUGUCCAAAGUUUCUUGUGACAUUAAUUCAGAAACUGGCUUCACUUUAAUUCUUGGAGCUGUUGUAGUCAUCUCUACUGUGGCUCUGGAUGUAGCACUAGUUUUGUCAUUAGCUUCCUGAUUCUGUUGAUCAGUAGAAACUUCUGCUAAUGAAGUUGUUGAUGCAAUGAUAGGCAUACAGAAAGCUGGUUCUUCAAAUGUUCUAGAAGGUAGUUGUCUAGAUUCAGUAGCUGGUGCCAACUUCCUAGGCAAUUGUUUCGGGUGUGCAACAGGAUUGGCGUUUAAAAUUAUUUUCGAAUCUGAAUCGUUUGAUUUAUUAUCGAGAUAUAGUGUGACUGCCAUGGGGGGAUUAGGAUCCGUACCAGGUUUUGAAGACAUUAAUGACCUAUCUGUAUCAACCCACAUACUUUCUCUAUCAUUUGCAUGUGCAUCUGAUUUUGUAAUUGAAAUACGAAUGUAGUUCGUGUUUUUUGUACUCACAGGUUUGGGUAACCAGACUAUGUCAAGAUCUUUGUACUCCAAGUAUCUUAAAAGUCCAGUACAAUUAAAACCCUGUUUGUUAACAAUUUUCCUUCCGAUGCUUAAAACUUUAUGGUUGAGAGAAACAGUACUUACUUUAUCUUUCAUUUUCUCUUUUUGUUUAUUUGUAUUUGAGUCUAUUUCAGAUGUUUCUCUUUUUUUGCUGGUAUAUGAACUAACACAUGCUGAUAUCAUAUCUUGAAUUGUUUGAUAAUCGCUAUCUUUUGCUACUAUUGGUUGUUUAACUUUCUGUGGAUUUUCUUCACAGGGCAAUUCACUGUCAGAUGAAUCUUCAAUGUUAAUGCACUGACUGUUGUCUAUUAGAGGUGUAUCAUCAUUGUUAAAUUGAGUGCUAGAGUCUUCUUCCAAGUCUGAUAAUAUUUUGUUACUAUUGCUUGCUAUAACAACAGUUUCAUUGGAACUUCUAGAUAUAAACCUUUUAUUUCUUCUGGUUGGUCUGAAUACAAUGUGUUCAUCAUCUGAGGAUGAAGAACUAUUUUCAUUAUUUUCUUGCACAACUUGUUGAAUAUCACUAGAGGAGCAAAUAGGAUCUUCUUUGGAAUAAAUGGUACAAAAGUAUGAAUCCCCAGGAGCAACAAUUUUAUUUUUAUUGUGUACUACCAUAUCAGGUAAUCCAGUUAAAUUAGGUUUACCAUCAAUUUUGACCAGAUUUAUUUUACACUGUCUUUUCAAUAUAUUUUUAUACUUUUCUACAAGGUGACUGUGUGAUCGCAUAUGUUUGGCAUAUGAAUUUUUAUUGGGCCAAACAGUAUAACACAAAUGACAUGAGAUUGAUUUCUUAUAAGGUAGCUCCCAUGACACCAGACUUCUACUAGUGACCUUCUUUGAAGAUUUUCUUUUUUUCCUUUUUAAGUGAGUGUAUGACGAUCCAGAUUCACUACCAUCAGACAAGGAAGAAUUACGUACUCUUUUCUUAGAGUAUUUCUUUUUUUGCGUAUUUGUAUCAUCAGAAGCUUGUUGGCUAGAACUGACAGUGUUUUGUUGGUGUUGAAAAAUAUAUUUUUCCUGGAACAUGAAAAAGAAACCUU